GGGCCCUGUGAAUGCAAUUAGAAGGUAAAACCGGAUCCGGCAGGCCUCGGUCAAACCUGCGGCAGGAGGGGGAGGCGGUGCCGGCGCUCGGGCCCGGCUCGCCGUUCGGCGGAAAACCGAACCGGCCCACGUGGGCGCGGCCGCCCCGCCCCGCCGCGCUGACACCGCCCGACUCCGCAGUCCCGCCGCCGGGGACCCUCCGCCACACCGCCAGGUCCGCGGGGCGCCCAGGCCCACGGAUCCCGGCCGCAGGAACGAGUUCCCGCUGCGGAACCCACGCCCGCUGCGCCGGGCGGGCGCCUCCAGGCGACCAGAUGUUUGCCAUCCAGCCAGGGGUAGCUGAGGGGGGCCAAUUUCCAGGGGGCCCACCUCCUGGAGUAUGUCAGCCUGAGCUCCAGCCAGACAACAACUCCAACUUCAUGGCGAGUACCAAGGAUGCCAAUGAGAACUGGCAUGGGAUGCCAGGCCAAGUGGAGCCCAUCCUGAUGAGGAGCUCUUCCCAGUCGCCCUCUCACACCCAGGCCUUCCAGGCCCCUGGACUCCCUGAGGGGGAAGUUCGCAGCCCACCCGAGGGGGCAGAGAUCCCUGGAGCCGAGCAUGAGAAGAUGGGUGGUGCCAGCACAGUCUGCUCCCCUCUGGAGGACAAUGGCUAUGCCAGCAGCUCCCUGAGCAUCGACAGCCCUAGCAGCAGUCCUGAGCCCACCUGUGGGACCCCUCAAGGUCAUGGCCCUGCAGAUCCCCUUCUACCCUCAGUGGCCCAGGCUGUACAGCAGCUGCAGGCUCAAGAGCGCUACAAAGAGCAAGAGAAGGAGAAGCACCACAUGCACUUGGUGAUGUACCGUCGCCUGGCCCUGCUCCGGUGGAUCCGGGCUCUGCAGCACCAGUUGGUUGACCAGCAGGCCCGUCUGCAGGAGAGCUUUGACACCAUCCUGGACAACCGGAAGGAGCUUAUCCGCUGUCUUCAACAGAGAGCAGCACCCUCCAGGUCCCAGGACCAGGGCUAAGAGUGUGCCUCCACUGGGGUGCGAGGGUAUAUAUGUGUAUUUGCAGGCAUGUGUGUGGUUGUGCACAAGUAAGCAUGUGAUUGUUUGCUGAUAUGAGUGCAGACAAGCAUGAGUGAGUAUGUAUGUGCUGCCUCGUCAGCCAGUAUGUGUAGGCAUGUGUGAACACCUGUGCAUUAGCAUGUGUGUGCUGCAUGUGCACAUAAGCUAAUUUAUGUGCAGGCCUAUGUGUGGGUAUGUACAUAUUAUGUAUAGCAUGUCUGUAAGAGGGAGUGAAUUUGAAUAUCCAUGUGUGGACAGGUACCCAACGUGUGUAUGUGUGUGAGUGAAGAUAUACAUACAAAAGGUGUAUGUGCAUGUGAGUUUGCAGUGUAGGCUUGUGGUGUGUGUGUGUGUGAGUGAGCCCUCUGUGUGCAGGCCUGUGUGUAGGGGUGCAUGUGUGCACAUGCAGGCAUGGGAAGUGUAUAUUAGGAGCAUAGGUAUUUGGAGGCAGACCCUCAGGCAAGUGUGUGCAAAUAUACGUUCAGUUGUACUUGUGGGGCAUCCAUCCACGCCGUGUUAGCCAUGGCCUACCCUCACCUUUUCUCCCCAUGGGGUCCCACUGCUCCCUGGAGAGAGGGCUAGCCUGCUGUCAUUUAUCUGAGAAUUGUGGCUGAUCCAUUCUCCUGGGACUUCCCAAGCCACCUCUCCUUUCCCUUCCCCCUCACUCCUCCCAGACCUUGCUCUGCUGAGGCUUUUGUUCCUGGUGGUGGAUUUGCUGCGUGCAUUUUGGUGGCUGCUCUGGCCAGCCAUGGCUCUUUGGCUGCAAUUUUGCCAGGGCAUUGGUAGAAAAUUAGGAUCAGGGAAGGGAACUGGGGUGGUGAUAGACACCAUGGCAAGGAUGGGGAUGGGAUCAAAGAAGAUAGGGAACAGUCGCUCUUGAGCUCUGCCUUUGGGCACAUGGGAGAUGGGGAUGGGGGAGAUAGCAAAGGCAGAAUCCUGUGAAGAAGAGAACGGCAAUCCUAAGGUAUCAGUUCCAAACAAACCACACAUCUCCACUGCAAAGGAGCUGUUGCAAGCCAUAUUGAUUGAAGCUUCUGAUGAAGAGGAAUGUAUGCUUACAAGCAUGUAAGGAAUGGACAAGGUAUUCCACAGCUGUUGGUAAAAUUCUCCCUUCCCUCUCUGGACCUCAGCUUGCUGUGCUUCUCUGGCUUUAGCAACACUGGAUGUUGAAUAGUUUGGUCCAUUCCCCUGAAAU